UGAUUUUAGUUUCUCGCAUACGUAAUAAGUGGCUUACUUUAUAUAUUAUACUCCAAUCAAACUAAUAAUCAAAUAGUAUUUUUGCAUUAUAAAACAAUAGCUAUUUUUAACCCAGAGAAAAAUGUAAACGAUUGCCUCCAAAAUAUUAUGUGCGUGUGGAAAACAUAGCCAGAGAAAAAUGAGGUUCAUAAUAGGAAGCCUAUUCUUGCUUUGCAUCAUAAUUUCCAUGACAAACGCUGGAAAUAGUAAAAAUACAGCUAAACUAGAAGAUUCCAACAACAUCAGCGAUGAAAAACCUAAAAAAUUCAUAGGAAGAAUCGAACGUGGGAAAGUUUUAGUUUUAAAAAACAACAAGGCAAUCAAUAGCGAUGAUGAAAGUGAAGAAAAAGUGUGCCAAAAAUAUGAUAAAAAUAAUUGCAAUGAUAAUUCUUCAAGUGAAGAGCAAAAACAUAAACAAAAAAUCAAAUACAGUAUUAAAUUUAAACAUGAAAAGCAACAAAAACAUAAAAAUAAUAACGAAGAAAUGAGGAUAAUUAAACUGCACAAGAAUGAAUUAAAACAAUAUGGGAAAGAAGAUCUUGAUGAAGAUAGUGAUGAAGAUGAGCGUCCCUUUAUUAAAAAACGGUUGCGUUUUGAUGAAGACGAUUAAGUAUUUGUAAUAAAAUAUGAUUUAAUUAGACUUUU